AUGACCCGAUGCUGCGUGCAAGGUCCAAUUUUUGUGAUUGUUGGUGAAUCCAACGUUGCUAUGGCACACGAACGACGCAUGCCAAAUCCAAGUCCAGCUUUUGAGAAGAUCCUCUCGUCCCUACAGAGACCACCUCUAUCAUCCUUCCACUUACUUCUCCUUCUCCACGCCUCAGACCGGUACACCUCGCAUCGCUGCUUCCUUUCCACCUCGGCCCGCUUAAGUGCUGCUGCAAUCAUGGACGACGAUGACGACGCUUUCUUGUACGGCGACGAGCCAGCUCAGCCUGCCGCCGCUGUCAACGCACGCGACACACCCAACGGUGCUUCCACAGCUGCUGUGUCAUCCAAGCCCGAACUGAACGAUGUCAGUGCAGCGGCCCAGGGCGACCUUCAGGAUCAAGACGGACAAGGUGACGACAAGGACGAAGAAGAGGAGGAAGAAGGGGAUGAUGACGACGACGAUGAUGACGAGGAUAGCGAUUCCGACAUCGAGUUCAUCAUCGACGCAACCCAAGAGGCUCAACCACCUGCUCGGUCUGGUUUCCAGAGGCCCGCCGCCCCCGGCGCACGACCCUUGCCCACUCAAAGCACCCCUCAGCGUCCUCAAUCUACGCUCACAUCCGAAUACACUCCUCUCUCCCGCUCUCAACUCCUAGCCAAUGCAAGUCCAGCCUCAGCCGCCGCUGCCAGCACCGCUCUUGCCCAAGCUACUGCGUCCACAUCGCUCGCCUCACUUCUCCCCGCCCAAACGACGCCUCAGCCUUCGACCGCGCUUGACGGCGCAGCACCCGAGGGCGGCCCUCCCUCUGUUCCGUCCAAUGCGCCAGCUCUCAAUCUCUCGCCCGGUCCUCAAGAUCGCGCUUACCCCAAGCCCGAGGAUAUCGUCGACCAAGAAGAGAGCUCCACCCAAGACAUCUUUGACAUGGAUCUCGAAAAGCUCGCAGACAAGCCCUGGAGGCGCUACGGAGCCGACCUAACCGACUACUUCAACUACGGCUUCAACGAGGAAUCAUGGAGUCUUUGGCGCGGCAAGAAGCAGCGCAUCACCGACGCCAGGAAAAACGCCGAGAACAACGCCUUUGGUGGCCACAAUGGCGACAUGAUGUCCAACAUGCAGCAGAUGAUGUCCAUGAUGCCCCCACCCCAGGCUAUGCAGGCCAUGAUGUCCCACAAUGGCGGCGGUCCGGGCGGCGCUGGUCCCAUGGGAAUGCCGCCCAUGCCGCCUGACCAGAUGAUGGCCAUGAUGGCAAGCAUGUCCGGUAUGCCCGGGAUGCCCCCUAUGCCAGGCAUGCCCAAUAUGCCGGGUAACAUGCCACCAAUGGGCGGUGGCGGCGGUGCUAGGGGCAUGAAUCAAUCCAUGAUGCCCGGCAUGUUUGGUGCUCACCAGUCCAACGGUGGCCCACCUGCACACCACAACGAUCAACACAACCAGCAACAGCAGCAGCAGCAGCAGCAGCAGCAGCGCUUCAGCCAUUCGCCAUUCCCACAAGCUCCCAAGCAAUUUGACGCGCAGCACAAUUCUCCUUACCCGCAGUCUCAAGAUCGAGACGCAAGGUCCAACGAUCAGCAAGCUGAACACCGCGAUCACACAAGAGGUUGGGACACGCCUGCAGAUGACAGCAUCAAGCAGGAGUCCAAAGACGAUGCUCAACUUGGCCUUGCACCUUCCAACGCAGGUGGACCAGCGAUUAAGCCGAUGUCAGAAGCCGACAUGUCGCUCUUCUUGGGCGCUGCCGGUGUCGAUCCGUCGCAAGCAGCUGCCGCUGGCUUCCCUGUACCGAGCGGCAUCAACGACGCUUCCGACGCCAGAAGGACCCCUUCAGCUCCACCCACCAAGCCCGGCCCGCCCAAAACGGCGCCGUCGGGACCGGCGGCGGCGAAAGGGACCUCGAUUCGGGGACGCGCGGCUGCGGCUGCGGGCAGCGCGCCAAGCAGCUCGCGCGCUCCACGAGCAGUCUCGCCAACCCUUCCGCCGAACGUCCCGUCCGGGCCUAAGAAUCCGGGCAAACGCUACAACGAUCGCGAUACUGGCGCUGGCGCUGCCGAUCUUCUCGACUACGGCGCCACUGCAGGCGGAGGCGGAGGCGGCGAUGAUGACCGAGGCUACACCGAUGGAUGGGACUCCAAGGAGCGUAGCCCAGAUCGCAACACUCGACGCAGCGGUGGUGCUGGCUCUUCAGGCCGGAGUCGACGCGAAGGAACCUACGAUCACGACACAGCGAGCGCCAACGGUCGCGACAACAACGACGACGGCGGCCACAGCUCGCGUCGCGGCGCCAACUCGUCGAGCCGUUCAUCCAAACGUACCGCAGCCGACGAAUGGGACGACGAUGCCGCCUCUCAAUCGUCGGCGAGCGGUCGACGUCGUCGCGCCACCGGCGGAGGAUCUUCGUCCCAUCGAUCCGAUUCGCAACGAGAACGCGAGUCCUCCUCGUCCCACCGCGAUCGAGACCGCAGCGAUCGUGAUCGCGAACGGGAAAAGGACAAGGAGCGCGAAAGAGAGGCGAGGAGUCAAGCCAGAUCGGAACGUAGAGCAGGCAGAGAUAUGGACGAACCAGCCAUCCCCACGGGACCCGCGGCAGGCGUGAGCGGCAGCAGCAGCAGCAAAUCCAGUCGCAAACGAUCCGCACCCGAAGAUCGAGAUGCCGACGAGCAUCGCGACGGUCCCGCAUCCAAGAGCAGCUCGAGCAGCAGAAAAGGCGGUUCGCGCAAAAAGCGUUGA